ACACAACAUGGAGGUAAAUGUGCGCAAAUGAGAUGCGUACAGCAAGAGAACAUAAGCAGUGUGAUGUCCAGGUUCUCCAGCCCUGUGUACAGCCGCUACUGGCAGCACUACCAGCAAGCCAUGGCCUGGCACCAGAGGCACCAGCGGGCCUACAGGAAGGCCUUGGAGGCCGCCUACGGCCCUCCUCACAGCCAGGCUCACAGCCACGCUCACAGCCAGGAGCCGUGUCCCAGCAGCCAUCGGUACGAAGACUGGAACGCAGGACAGGAAGAUGGAGAGGACGGGGAUGAGGAGAGCAGCUCGGACAGCGAGAUCGAGUGUGACGUCAGCAACAUGGAGAUCAGCGAGGAGCUGCGGGAGUACUUCGCCCACACAGAGAAACACAGAGAGGAGCUGAAGAAGCAGCAGCAGAUCGAGGCGGAGGAGCAUGAGAGCUACGUGCCUGCAGACCAGGACCUGCGCAGCGGCUCCUGGAGAAACAGCAUGGCCCCCCCCUCAGAGAGACCCGGAGAGCGACGUGGGUCCGAGAUGAAGAAGCUCUACGGCAAGGACUCCGCCAAGAUCCAGGCCAUGGAGGCGGCCAUGCAGCUCAACUUCGACAGACACUGUGACCUCAAACAGCCCAAAUACUGGCCCGUCAUCCCGCUGAAACUGUGACGCCUGUUCUGCAGGAACCCCUCCUCCGAUCUGCCCGUGAGACGCCACUGGAUUGAAGCUGCUGAUGUGGAAGUAACAGUGUGGGUGAACUGAGGGGUGCAAGUUAUUUUAAGCACACCAAAAAGUAGAUCUUCCGCUCAGCCAGACGCGAAUGUCACCGACCCCUCAGCUGCUGCUCCAAAUGAAAAUGAUUGUUAUGCUCACAUAAUUUUGAAUUGUUGUGGCUUUAACAGAAGUUAUUAUAUAAGGUUUAUCCAAGAGUCUUUUUUGGAGAUUCCAGUAAAGUCUGGUCUGGUUAAGUAAAGCGCUCCUGUACGUGAUGUAAAUAUAUUCAAACGUGUUUCCUCUUGUGUUUCUGUUCACCCUCUACCUCACUGAUGCUACAUUGCUCGUCUUUUGCAUGUCAACUCAGUUUAACCACACAGUUUUUUUUCAUCCCCCCCCCCCCCCCUUUCCUCUCCUUAAAUUUAGGAGCGUUCCCAUGUGACCGCAUCUGAUAUUCCUGUUUCCUCAAAGAGAGAUUUGUUGAUGUUGCCUCUCUCAUUCUGACAGUUCAUCGCGUUCAAAGACAUUUGCGUUGUUUCUCCUCAGGGGCGUUCACUAUCCUGUUUUAUCUUGUGCUUCCACCACCCUUUUCCUUUUUUUAAACUGAAGGAUUUUAAUGUCAAACCUGUUCAUAAUAAAGUGUUUUCUGUUUGGAUAAAA